GGUUGAUAGACAUCAUAUCCUCACUACUGAUGUAUUGGACAAGCAGAUGAAGGUCAUCCACUUUCAGUACUUGCGUUAUAAUAGUCAUUAUCCAUUACUUUGUGAUCUAAUUACGUAACUCGAGAGGAGUGUGUUAUGUCUUCUGAUGUUAUUCUAAAUUAUUACGAGUCCCUUCUACACAGAGAUGAUCUAGAUACUUUGAAGGAGGGUUGUUUCGUCAAUGAUAACAUAAUCACAUUCCAUCUGGAGUACCUUCGCCAUACAAAAUUAUGCCACUCGUCAAAUAUUCUUCUUAUGGAUCCAGCAGCAUCUCAACUUUUAAAAUUGAUGGAUGAGGAAUCAAUUAGAUUGGUGCUGGAUCCUCUAGAAUUCAAGUCAAAGGAUUGGGUAUUUUUAGUGAUCAAUGAUUCUGCUUCACGAGUUUCAUCUGGUGGAUGUCAUUGGUCACUGCUGGUUUAUUCACCACUUCUUGUACACGGUUUUUACCUGGACUCCCUGAACUCUAGUCCUAAUUUUUCAGAGGCGAUCACUUUGUGUAACAAGUUAUGCACCUAUUUAGGUGUUUCUUUUGUAGAUAUAAAGCUACCUAAUGUCAUAAAGCAAAACAACGGAUAUGAUUGUGGAAUAUUUUGCAUGGUGAUAUGUCCUGGCAGAUGAG